AUGCGCGCCCUCCACCCCGCCGCAGCGGCCCUCGCCCUCCUGGCCACCUCGGCCGGGGCCGCCAAGGCCAAGCCCCGCGACGCCAUCCUGCUCUCCCAGGUCGAGUCCCUGACCCUCCGCGCCGACAGGCAGACCACCCACCGCCGCGUCCCGGCCGUGCCCCAGCUCAAGUGCGUGUCGCCCCCGGCCGUCUGCUCAAAGUACAAGGUCGACGUCAUGCGCUGCGAGAACAAGGGCUCCGGCUACGACGACGAGGACGUCCAGUGGAGCUGCUCCGCCUCGCUGCCGCCCGAGCUGAAGCUCGGGUCUACCGAUGUGAUCUGCGAGGGCUACUCCUCACCAGGCGACCCUUACGUCUUGAAAGGCAGCUGUGCUGUAGAGUACCGCAUGUCCCUGACGCGCGAGGGCGAGGAGAAGUGGCCCGACCUCGGAGGCGGGGACGGGUCCGACAGCGGCGCGUCCGGCCUAGCAGGCUGGGUGUUCUGGGUCAUCUUCUUUUCUGUCCUGGCCUUCAUCGUCUACAACGCCUUCAUCAACACGCGGCGCGGGGGCGGCGGCAACGCACCGAGGCGGAACAACGGUGGUGGUUACUGGGGAGGCGGCGGAGGCGGAGGCGGCGGUGGCGGCUUCGAUGAUUUUGGCAACGACGACCCCCCGCCGCCUUACCCGGGCACCAACAACAGCAACAAGUCUAGGCGCACUGGAGGGAGCAGUGCACAGCGCGGAGGUAAUGCGCAGCAGGGCUGGCGCCCGGAUUGGUGGAGUGCCGCCGGAGGGGCUGCCGCCGGAGCAGCUGCGGGUUAUGGUGCCGGGAGGAUGGGUAGGAACAACAACAACAACAACAACAACCGCGGGUAUGGGAACUACGGGAGCACCUGGGGCAGCGGGGGAGGGGGGCCGUCGAGGUCUGGCUCAUCAGGCUCGAGUAGCGGUUCAGCCGUCAGCAAUUCUCGCUACGAGAGCACGGGCUUUGGCUCAACCAGCCGUCGCUAG